AUCUAAAUAAUUAUAUUUUAAUUCUCCAAACCAACCCUUCUUAAUGUUUCUAACAAGAAUCAACGCCGGCCAUAAAAGGGGCUAUUAUUAUAAAGUAUUUUCAAUGUAUGAAAUCAAAGGGUUGGGUAAAAACACUCAUAAAAGACUCAAUUGAGAAAAUGAUAAACAUGGAUGAAUAACUUUACUUUUAGUUAAAAAAUUAAUCUCUGGAGAAAGGAUGCAAGUGGGAUGGUUGUUAGAAAAAUGAAUGAAGUCAAGAUGGGAUGAAAAUGAUAAUUUAUCAGAAACUCAUAAUUUUUUUUAAUUCCUAGAUGCCGAAGCAACUAAGAAAACAUGAAUUAAUGACUAAAAAGGAGAGGGAAAAGAGAGUCAUUAAUUAAUGCCGACAACCAUGGAAUUCCUCGAGUUUGACCGACUGAUCAUGGCCAUAGGAGAGAAGUAAAUUUGGUUAAGCAGAGUUGACUUGGGGGAAAUUGUGGGAUCAGUUUUCAAAGUAAUGCACCCUGCGGUCCACGGGGAACGCUGCUGCCUGUUUGGUUUACUCCAACGCGGCGCCUACUUCUCCUCCCUCCCAUGUUUACUCAAAAUCGUACAGUUUGGUUAUAAUCGUAAGAUCAUGAAUACAAUUUGGACUGGUUUAGAUUUUAAUUAACUGUUCAGAACGUGACCAAAAUUAAGUACUUGCAAGUUGCAGCAGCAAGCAAUCCCAGCCCAACUCGGCUUCGAACAUGUGAAGGAUAAAGAGAGAGUAGUGUUUGAAUUUGUACUUUGUAGUUUGUUGAACUUAUUAGUGUUGAACUAUCAAUAUUGUUUAUUCUUAUGUUAUGUUGGUUGUCGACUUGAAAUUGUUGGUUGCUAGUUUUGCGGGUACUUUUGUAACGAAGUGUUUGUGUUAUGUUAACUUUUGAACUUUGUUGGAUAAAAUGUUUUUUUUUACAAUAAUUAGAUAAAAUGUCAAUGUGGUUUUGUAGUUACUAGCUAAUAUCAGUAUUGGAUAAUACAGAUUUUGUUGAACAGGGUCUACUCAAUCCAGACCGUGGCGGAGGACUACACCGUAUAGACAUAUGAUCUGAUCUGCAUCGUAUAAUUUAUGAUCUCGUCCAUAAUAUAAGUUCUACCCUUUUGAUCUGAAUCCCAGACCGUAUAACCAGACCGCGGCUGGAGCCUGUUUGGUUUACUUUAGCGACCAGUGAAGCCGGGCCCAUGCCCCACGCGGCGCCUACUUCUUCUCCCUUCCCUCCCUCCGCUGUUUCUUUGUUUUGUUUUUUUUUUUUUUUAAUUUUCUCCAAACAAACAAACAAAAGAAUUCCACGACCCAGUCGUUGCUCUCUCUUUAUCUCCCAUUCCCGGAAAAUCAAUUUUUGAUUGCUCACACAACGAAAGGCUCAAGUUCCUUUUGCUUCUUCUUCCCUUCUGACAAUCCGAGCAAAAUCUCAGCUUCAGCAGCAAUCUCUCGUCGUGGGUUCUUUUACUUUUCCCCCAGCCAUUUGGCCCAAGCUCUGGGUCAAAGAGAAGGAAAAAAAGAGCUGGAAAAUUCAAUCCGCCGUGCUUCCACUUUCAGCUUUGUACAUCAGGGGGUUAUCAAAACAGCUCUCUUCACACCAGCAGCUUCUUCCCUUUUGGUUUCUUGGCGAAAGCUGGGUAGCCAUUCCAGUCUGCCGCGUUCUCCCCCAUCCGGGUUCUGCUGUUCCUGAACGUUUAACGGAGCUCUGGGUUUCUCCAUAUGGGGAUUUGCUGGUCGUCUUGGUCUUCUUCGCCCACUACUCCUACACCCACCUCCACUCGUCUUAGUUCAGGUGGCGUGUCUCAAACAGCUAGCAAUGGAACGUCAUCGGGGAGCGGCAACACGAAUUCUUCAAAGGGCAGCAACAUCUCUGGCAACAGCCAGUUUUCUGCUGCCAGUGGCGAUGACUCAUUUUCAAAUCCAAAUGGACAGAUCUUGCCCACCCCAAACUUGAGGAUCUUCUCAUUCGCAGAGCUUAAGCUGUCCACCAAGAAUUUCAGGUCUGAUACAGUGCUUGGAGAGGGAGGGUUUGGUAAAGUUUAUAAAGGUUGGCUCGAUGAGAAGAAGACAGGAAAGAGUGGAAGUGGAACUGUGAUUGCUGUCAAGAAAUUGAAUUCUGAGAGCUUGCAAGGGCUUGAAGAAUGGCAGUCCGAAAUAAACUUCUUGGGGAGGCUUUCGCACCCAAACCUAGUGAGGCUAUUAGGGUACUGUUUGGAGGAUAAUGAGCUCCUCCUCGUAUAUGAAUUCAUGCAGAAGGGCAGCUUGGAAAACCAUCUAUUUGGAAGGGGUGCAGCUGUUCAACCACUUGCAUGGGAAAUAAGAUUGAAGAUUGCGAUAGGAGCAGCUAGGGGACUUGCCUUCUUGCAUACACCAGACAAGAAAGUAAUCUACAGAGACUUUAAAGCGUCAAAUAUAUUGCUCGAUGGAUCUUACACAGCCAAGAUAUCGGAUUUUGGGUUGGCGAAGUUUGGUCCGUCGGCUAGUCAAUCGCAUGUGACAACCCGUGUCAUGGGCACAUACGGGUAUGCUGCCCCUGAGUAUGUUGCCACAGGUCAUCUAUACGUGAAGAGUGAUGUGUAUGGUUUCGGUGUAGUCUUGGUUGAGAUCUUGACGGGGCUAAGGGCGCUUGACACGAAUCGGCCAAGCGGGAGGCAUAACCUGGUGGACUGGAUCAAGCCUUAUUUAAAUGACAAGAGGAAGCUGAAAAGCACCAUGGAUUCUAACUUGGAAGGCAAGUACCCUUCGAAAGCUGCAUUCAGGAUAGCACAACUUGCCCUAACUUGUCUGGAAUCGGAACCGAAGAAUCGACCAUCCAUGAGUGAAGUUGUGGAGACUCUGGAAAGGAUCGCAUCGAGCAACGAGAGGACACUUGAGCCCCGAAACCGCGCCAACAACCGCCGCCCUGUCAGCAGCCGAAGGCAUGGUCAGCAGCAACCGUUGCAGUAUCGUUCUCCACUGCAUCCACAGCCUGACGGUGGCCAGAGUUACCGAAAUUCUCCUCGAGUGCGAUGAAGUUUGCAUGAUUCUUUUUUUGAGGUUAAUGUAAACAUGUCCUGUUAUUGUUUGUUGUGACGGGGAGUUUUUAUCAAAAUGGAGCUAGACGAAAAGUGGAGUGGUGUAUCAUGUAUGUAUCUAAGUGUAGAAGGUUUGUAUUUUUGUGGUAUGAACUGGUAGAAAUAUUGGUGUGAGUGGAGAACCGGAGAUCCACUUCCUAUUUAGCUGGGAUGUCCGGGAUCUUCUUGUCUGUGUUGUCAUUGUUUUUCUUCUGUCUAGGAUAAGCCUGUGAAUAUCUCUUCCUCCUCCCCCCUUUUCUUAAAAAUCAAAAUGGUAAUGAAACAUUGAAAUGGCUUUGUUCGCACAGAAAAUAAUGGUGGCAAGUUUGUUUCUCUCUUGCUCUUCGUACUUCUUCCUGUAAUGAGACUUAAUCAAGUAAGGAAUUGCACAGUAGGGAAAGAGGGAUUUUCCCACAAAGUACAAUAGUUGUUAGAACAAUUCUAAAAAUACAAUAAUUUUUCAAUUUACACAUGUUUGGAUUUGAUCAAUGAAAUGUAAAGCGAUCAACACGGAUCGUUGAUGUGGCGAGCGAUCAACCUGUGGUGAAGCGAUUCGGGUGCAUCUCCUCAAUGAAAAGCGUUGGGUUCUAGACACGGUUAAUUGAGUUGGAAUGCGGAGAACGACACGGAUCGCUGAGAUGGAUGGCGAAAAAGCCUUCAUCAUUUUCAACGGAUGCUAUAUGUGUUGGUCACUUUUGGAAUCAAUGAUCCCCGACCCCUAUAAAUAUAAGACAUCAACAUGGAUCGCUGGGGGAUAGAAACCAAACACGUCGAUCCGAGAAGCUAUUUCAGGUAAUUGUCGCUAGGAAUUCAACUAGUUAAGCCUCUUGUGGAGACGCUUCCGACCUGGGUCAAAAUUUGGGAAUUCCACUUGAGUACCACUCGUUCGAAGGGCAUGAAUGGAUUGCAAGUGCUCUGGGUCCUCCGUUGUGGAUGGACCAGACGACGAGGGUUGGAGGACAGUUGGGAUUUGACAAAAUCUGCUUAGAUCAUGAUGUUGAUUGCGGGGUUUCGGCUAGUGUUCAACUCUACCCAGGCGAUGACCCUUCGUUUGAGGUCAAAGUGUAAUACCUUAAUAAACCUAAUGUAUGUGAUCGUUGUGAGGUCUACGGGAACGAAUGUGACUGGCUAGCUAAGCAAGGAAAGAAAUGGGCACCUAAGAAGCGUGUUGAGGAAGUAGUAGUUGUUGAAGUGUAGGAGGACACUGAGGUAGCUGCUAAAGACUUGAAAGAUGCUGAAAUUCUAGAGGGAAAGCAGGUUGUUGUGAAUCAGGGAACUUUUGAUAUCGAACCUAGGCCUUCUGGGUUCUUGUGGAUGAAACAGUAACAAUCCUCAAUCCUGAAUCAAAUGGGAGCCCGUGGCGAGUUUUGUGGAGGUGGAUAAAGAGUCAUCAGUUGUCGUUGGGAGCUCUCAACCACUUUCACAGUCGUCUGUUAAUGCUAACUCACCAAAAUCCUCUGGGAGGUUAUCUCAACAGGCAACUCCUGUUGGGAAGGAGGCCACAACACAAUAGAGAAGAUGGGUGACUUACCCAAACACAAUCAAGGCUAGAAUAGUAAUUAAAUCAACUAGAUAAACACAUUCAUUCAUGUAAACCCUAAAAUAUCCAUACAUACAUAGUAAAUCUAAAACUAGGGUUUGGGGUUUAGAACCCCUAGUACAUUGGGAGAUCACCACAUGGAGGGGGAAGAAAAGACAUACAAAGAGGGGAAGAAAUCAUGAAUAAAGGGUCUUCAAGUUA